AUGCAGGGUCUUGCGGAUGGUCCCGUCAAGACUCACCUGUUCCGACUUGAACUAGAUUCACUAGAACAAGCCAUUUCCAUUGCGGAGCAGGAAGACUUCAGUCUGAGACAGGCUCGCGCCAGCUCGACAUCGUAUCGUCAACCGAGACGAUAUGACAACGGAGGUCCAGAGCCAAUGGAACUCUGUUAUGUAGAGAGCGAGAAGGCUCGCUCUACAGGCUACAAGAAGUUGCAGAGAUGCAACAGAUGUCAAAAGACAGGACACUACGCUCACGAGUGUAGUGCCCCUCGUCCAGUGUCUCGCGACACUGGGCGUAGUGACCGUCCACCCAUGAGAAAGGGGCAGGGACGAGGGUCCGCGGUUGGUGCAAAGACGCAACAACGGGAUGUACCGUCAAAAAACGGACAGGAUCAGUAG